AUGGUGAAACAUCAGGUCAAGCCCCACGAGAUCGCAAGCGUGCAGCUGUACUGCUCAUCGAAGUACGGAAAAGACUGGAUGCAUAAUCCGGAUGUGCUUCUGGAUGACGAUGCGUACGACGCUGCCGGAAUGUCGACCAGGGAAGAUGUUCUUAGACGCAAUAAGAAGCGUCUAAGCAGCCUGAUGAGAACAUUCGUCAGGAGAGCAGGGAAUACCCUGAAUGCCAAGAAGGGCCAUCAGGGUGAAGAAGAUCGAAAGGGCUGCGAGGAAGCCCAGCAAGGUGAUGCGAAGGACCAACAGGACGAGGAUGCCGAAGAGGCCCAGCAGGCCAUGAAAGGUGACGAGGCCCAAAAGGGCGAUAACGAGGCCAGGAAGGGCCAAGCGGAGGCCAGGAAGGGCCAAGCGGAGGCCAGGAAGGGCCAAGCGGAGGCCAGGAAGGGCCAAGCGGAGGCUAGGAAGGGCCAAGCGGAGGCCAUGAAGGGUGACGAGGCCCAAAAGGGCGAUAACGAGGCCAGGAAGGGCCAAACGGAGGCCAGGAAGGGCCAAGCGGAGGCCAGGAAGGGCCAAGCGGAGGCUAGGAAGGGCCAAGCGGAGGCCAGGAAGGGCCAAGCGGAGGCCAGGAAUGGUGACGAGGCCCAAAAGGGCGAUAAGGAGGCCAUGAAGGGCCAAGCGGAGGCCAUGAAGGGCCGUGCGGGGGACCCGGACAGGGAGAAGGGUAACGACGAGACCCAGCAGGAUGUCGGAGAGGCCCAGCAGGCCAGAAAGAGCCACGCGGAGGUCAUGAAGGGCCUUGUGGAAGGCAGGAAGUGCCGUGCGGAGGCUAGGAAGGGCCGCACGGUAGCUAGGAAGGGAAAUGACGUGGAGCAACAGAGUGGCGAGGGGGGCCACCAGGACAGAGAGGCCCAAAAGGCUGAGGAAGAGGAGCAGCAGAGUGGCGAGGGGGCCCACCACGUCGAGGAUACCCACCAGGUCAACGUGGAGACAAUGAAGCGCCACACGGAGGCCUGUAAGGGCAACGGCGAGGUGCAACAGAGUGGUGAGACCCAGCAGGGUGUCGAAGAGGCUCAGCAGACCAUGAAUGAGGGCGGCGAGGAUGAGGUGCUGCAGAGUGGCGAGGGGCUUCACCAGGGCAGGGAGACCGAAAAGGUGAAGAAGGGCAACGAUGAGACCCAGCAAGGUGCCGAAGAGGUCCAGCAGGAGAAGGAAGAGGUUGGCUGUGACAAAAUGAAAGUGGCGUCACAGUCGUUUGAUGCUGCGGUAAAUCCGCCACCGGAGGUGGAGGAAAUUGAGAAGAUGUCCUUGGACUGCGAAACUGGUUCCUUGGAGACAUCAGAUGCCAUGCUGAACAUGGCAUGGGAUCAGGAGGAGGUCAAGUUGUACAUCAGACAUGAAACUUCGGCGAAGGACGUUUCGCCGAAGAUUGUUUCGUCCAAGGACGUUUCGCCGAAGAACAUUUCGCCGAAGAACAUUUCGCUGAAGGACAUUUCGCCGAAUGGGUCAUACCGCAAAAUUUUACAACUCGAAAGAACUGCUCAUGUUUAA